AUGUCUGCGGUCCGCUCGUCCAUCUUUGCCUGCUCUCCUUUGGCUACUCGUGGCCAGGCUGUCCACUUGGACGCCGAUUCCAAGGGCGAAAACAUCCUCUAUACAAACGGCAAGUCCGUCUACAUCCGCAACCUUGAGAAACCUCACAUUGCCAAGGAAUACACUCAGCACUCGUGCAAUGUCACCGUUGCGAAGUACGCCCCCUCAGGAUACUACAUCGCCUCCGGAGACGAGAGAGGCAAUGUGAGAGUGUGGGACACUGUUGGCGAGGAGCAAGUCCUCAAGCUGGAAAGUCGCGCCAUCGGUGGACGCGUCAACGACAUUGCAUGGGACGGUGAGAGCAAACGUAUUGUCGCUGUCGGCGAUGGAAAGGAAAAAUUCGGACAUGCAUUCUUGGCCGACACUGGAUCCUCUUGCGGAGAAAUCAUGGGCCACUCCAAGGUCGUCAACACAGUCGCCAUUCGCCAGACCCGCCCCUUCCGUGCCGUCACUGGAGGGGACGACAAUACUCUUGUAUUUUCCCAUGGCGUCCCCUUUGUCUUCAACAAGACCAUCUCGGACCACACCCGCUUUGUUCAGGAGGUCAAGUUUAGCACCAAUGGAGACAUGUUUGCCUCGGUCGGAUCCGACGGAAAGAUCUUCCUGUAUGACGCCAAGACGGGAGACAAGAUCAAGGAGUUGUCUGCUGCUGAGCAUGGACACACUGGUGGUAUCUUUGCCCUCUCCUGGUCUGCAGAUAGCUCUCGCAUCUUGACCUCUUCUGCAGACCAGACUGCCAAGAUCUGGGACGUUGAGGCUUCCAGUGUCGUCAACACCUUCGACCUUGCUGACGUUGGAUCCAACUUCCUCGGACAACAGGUUGGAAACAUCUGGAAGGGAGACAACUUGGUCAGUUUGUCCUUGUCGGGUGACCUCAACUACCUUGACCCCAGCACCAGCAAGGCCUCCCGUGUGAUUCAGGGUCAUCAAAAGGCGAUUACUGCGUUCACAAUCUCGGAGGACAAGAAGACGUUCUUGUCGGGCAGUUACGACGGCCGAGUCAUGUCCUGGGAGGAGAACACCGGCAAGGCUACACCCCUGAACGAGGCUAGCCACGGCAAUCAGGUCAUGCAGAUCGUCAACAAUGGCGCCCAGUUUGUCUCGGCCGGUAUGGACGACACUGUCAGGAUCUCGAAUGGCAAGAACCUUCACGAGGUCUCUGUGGUCUCGAUCAGCGGUCUCCCCAAGAGCGUCUCCUCGAGCGAUGAUCAAACCGUUGUGGUCGCGACCGAGACUGAGGUCCAGAUCAUCCAGGGCGGUAAGAAGGUCGACUCGUUGGCUGUCGGAUACAGCGCUACAUCAGUUGCGAUCAACGCCCAGGGAACGGCUGUGGCGAUUGGCGCCCAGGAUGCCAAGGUGUAUGUAAUGAGUCUGGAUGGCACCAAGCUGAAGGCUGUUCAUACGCUGAGUAACAACAAGGGCGCUAUCACAUCGCUCUCGUUCCACCCUGAGGGCAAGCUGUUGGCGGCUGGUGACAGUGCAGGCAAGAUCUACGUGUACGAUACCGCUACGGGCGAGACGACGAUCUCGCACUGGGUGUUCCACACUGCGCGUGUCAACUCGAUCCAGUGGUCGCCCAGUGGCAACUAUGCCGUGAGUGGAUCGCUCGACACCAAUGUCUUUGUGUGGAGUCUCGAGAAGACGAUGAAGAAGAUCAAGAUUGCGAACGCGCAUAGCCAGAGUGUUGCCGGAGUUGGUUUCAUUGACGAGACCACGAUUGCCACAGCUGGAGCUGAUGCCUGUGUCAAGACCUGGAAGCUGACCCACCACUAA